CGAUUUUUGACGAUUCCGACAUGGCCGGCGGUGGCCACCCCUAUUGCCGGUGCGGUAAGCGCUGCACCAAGCGAGGCUCCGUGCGGAUCAACUCUGCAGGUCUCUGCCCGCGCUGCGCACGUCUAGGCUACAAAGCCGCCGCCACUGCUAUGGCCCCCAACGCAGCACCCGAAGCUAACCCACCGCCAGCACCCGCAGCUAGCCCACCGCCAGCACCCGAAGCUAACCCACCGCCAGCACCCGACGCCAUGAACCCGCGGCCGGCGCUCGAGCGACGCGCGUGUAUUGGCGUGUUCCCUGCGAUUCCACCCAACGCCGACGCGCGCCUCGUCAUCGAGCGCUUCAACGUGAUUGGGAAUGGGCUAUACCACAAGAGCUGCCGGGGAUUGCUCGACGCCGGUGUCACAGCGCUGCGCUGCGAGUGGUGCCAGCGCAAGAUGCACAACGCAGGCCGCGAGCUCGAGCGCAUUGGUGUUUUCGGCAUGGUUGAAGAGCUCACGAUCUCCAACUCGUCUCUGGUGCAGGACAUUCGACGCCUCAUGGCGACGCUCGCCAUCAACCCCGAGGACCCCGACGCUAUUGCAAGUCUCAACAUGCUCGCGCGUGUGGCGCUCGCUGGUCGGUUCGCCCUGGACGCCGGCCGCGUCGUCGAGCGCAAAAUCGCGUUCUACGUCUGCCCGGGUAUCGGCCACGACGACGCCGGCCUCGCCGACGCACGGCAGCUCUGCGAGCUCGCGAGCGAGACGGUCGUCAUUGCGGAGAAUGGGCGGCUGCGUGGAGCUGCGUGCGCGCACUGGCAGCUCGUGGCCAAGAAUGCGUUUGCAUCGCCGCUCUGCAAGGUGUGUCGUCCUGCGCUUGUCAAGCUGCAGAAGAAGAUUGCAACGCGCAACGAGAUGCACGAGCAGGUGACGGACCCGUCGAGCAAAACCGCGUACCAGCACCUCUCCCGCGACCAACUCCAAGAACGGCUGCGUCACGCCAUGACGAAACUCAAGCAGCAGGAGCGUCAAAAGAUCGCUGCGAGUGGAGGGAAGCGCCCGGCGGUCGACACCAGAUCGCCUCCAACGACAGCGAAGAAACCCCACACGGUACUUCCCAUCAACCCAGCUAUUACCCGAUGGAUUUAAUCACGCUCAUAUAUAUAUUGUCGUGCGUUUGGAGCGCUGAGCACUUGGUCAAUGCAUCCUGC